AUAAUAAUGUCGUCAAAUAAAUCAUCAGUUGGAGUUAUUGUUGGAAGUUCUCGUACUCAAAGAGUUGGAAUGGCCAUUGCCAAAUGGUUCGUCGAAACUUCCAAACUUACUGAUCAACAUACAGUUGAGAUUAUUGAUCUUGCCGAGUGGAACCUUCCACUUUAUGACGAAGCCAUGCCACCAAUGAUGUUAAAGGGAGAAUAUACUACUGAGGCCGGAAAGAAGUGGGCAGCAAAGAUUGGAUCUUUGGACUCGUUCAUCAUUUUGUCACCAGAGUAUAAUUUGGGAUAUCCAGCAGCUUUGAAGAAUGCUAUCGAUUAUCUUUAUGGAGAGUGGCAGAAGAAACCAGUAAUGGUAGUAACAUAUGGUUAUAGUACUGGUGGUAGUUCAUCAAAUGAUCAACUUGUACAUAUCCUAUCUGGAAACAGUCCAAUCCAGACCAGACUAACAACUACACGACCAAAGCUAUUCCUAUCUCGUGGAAUGUAUGAUGAGAAGGGACAAGUCGCCAACUUUUCUAUCUUUGACAAGCAUCUAGAAGAGAUCAAGCAAGCUGUCAACGAGUUCACAGAGUUGAACAAGACUCCUGUUAUCUCU